GUAAAUUCCAAUCGCGUCAGUCGAUUUCAUUUCUGAAUUUAUAGCAUCCAUCUGAAAACUCUUAAAAGGUUUACAGUUGCGACAAGCUGGACGUAUAUGUCUUCCGAAGCCAACCAACAACAACCAAAUACAAAUACACCCGUGACUCGAGAUAUAUUGAAUCCGAUCAGCGGACGCAAACUUGCUCUCAUCUCUCUCCUGACUAUCUUCGCUGCUGUGCUUACCUCCCUAUUCUGGGGUGAUACCGCCAAUCUGUUUGGCAUCCGACGAUUCUUCUCUUCUUCAGCUCGUACCGCAGCCGGACCUAUUUCAGCUGCAGUUUCGGGUUCGGGUUCGGCAUCUGUAGCUACUGCGGCGACAGCUAAGGACUCAACAUCUGAUACCAUGUCUUCAUCGAAGACUCCAAUUUAUUUCCUUAGCCAUGGCGGGCCAAACGUAAUGUACGAGGUCGAACACCCAGCCUACCGAAAACUAGCCGAAAUCGGACGUGAAAUUACGACCAAGGUCAAGCCACGCGCUGUGGUUGUUUUCUCAGCGCAUUGGCAGGCUAGUCAGGAUACCAUCCAGGUUAAUACAGCCGAAACCACGGAUUUGAUCUAUGAUUUCUACGGAUUCCCGAGUCAUUACUACAAGGAGAAAUAUCCCAAUGUCGGUAGCAAGGAAGUCGCGCAUAAAGUGCUCGAUUCGCUCAAGAAUGCGGGCAUUCAAGCGGAGGGUGUGAAGCGUGGACUUGAUCAUGGUGUUUGGGCUAGUUUCAAGUGUGCCUUCGAUCCGGAUACAAACCCCCUCAACGUCCCCAUCGUGCAAGUCUCCCUCUUCAACACCGAAGAUCCAGACCAGCACUACCGCCUAGGCCAAGCAGUCGCCCGCCUGCGCGAGGAAAACAUCCUGAUCAUCGUAUCCGGAAUGGCAGUGCACAAUCUGCGCGAUCUGCGGUUUACAUUUGGAAACUCGAAGCCAAUGCCAUACGCUGUUAGCUUUGACGAGGCGCUCAAGGACGCUGUGACGACCGCGCCGGAUGAGCGGCAGAAGGCUAUGGCGGAGUUGCUGAAACGACCUGAUGCGCGCCAGGCUCAUCCCUCUUUUGAGCAUUUGCUUCCUAUUCAUAUUGGAGCUGGUGCUGCUGGUGAGGAUCUGGGUAAGAGGCUGUGGACUUAUCCCGAGGGUAGUAUGAGCUGGGCACAGUACCGGUUUGGGAAAGUUGAGAAUGCUAGUUCAUUAUGAGAGUGAUUCGAUAGUUCGAGAAAUUGAAUAGCAUAGAAUGUUAGAUAGCCCCCGGGUUGGAGGAAUUGAC